AUGGAGCCUGCUCUGGCCGACAAACAUGUCAACACCUGUGCUGGGAUGGGACGUCCCACGACCUUGCUCUCUGCCCCUCGACCUUGCUCUCUGCCCCUCGCCCUUGCUCUGUCCUUCGUCCUUGCUCUCUGUCCUUCGCCCUUGCUCUCUUUCCUUCGCCCUUUGUUCUCUCCCCUUCGCCCUGUUGCUCUCUGUCCUUCGCCGUUUGCUCUCUGUGCUUCGCCCUUGCUCACUGCCCUUCGCCCUUUUCUCUCUGUCAUUCGCCCUUGCUCUCUGUCCUUCACCCUUUUGCUCUCUGUCCUUCGCCCUUUGCUCUCUAUCCUUUCGCCCUUUGCUCGCCCUCGUUCUCUGUACUUCGCACUUUGCUCUCUGUCCUUUGCCCUUGCUCUCUGUCCUUCGCCCUUGCUCUCUUUCCUUUGCCCUUGCUCUCUGUCCUUUCGCCCUCCUCUCUGUCCUUCGACCUUCCUCUCCGCCCUUUGCCCUUGCUCUCUGUCAUUCGCCCUUGCUCUCUGUCCUUUGCCCUUGCUCUCUGUCAUUCGCCCUUGCUCUCUGUCCUUCUUUCUUCCUCUCUGUCCUUCGCCCUUCCUCUCUGUCCUUCGCCCUUCCUCUCUGUCCUUCGCCUGGUCUGGGUCCUUCGCCCUUGCUGUGUCCUUCGCCCUUCGCUCUCUGUCCCUUGGCCUGCCAGGCGGUCAUGCCGCCGCACGGGUGGCGCGUGUGGGGUGA